CACCCGCUCGCUCUCAUCUGGCUCAUUGGCUCAGAAAGCCCCACCCAGCAGGGCAGUGAGGAACAAAAGCUGCCUCUAGGAGGCCCCUGGGCAGACAGAGGAGCCCAGGGACAGGAGAGCAGCCGCUGGGUCCAAGAAAGAAUAAGACACUCUCUGACUCUGGAGCUGGAAGACAGAAGGUCAAGACUGACUGCCACUUCCAGCUGGGGUCUUGCGCGGGCGCUUCUCUGGGCCUUAGCUUACCCCACUGUGAAAUGGGGACAGUGGCCAUGCCUCCCCCGCCAACUCACUGCAACUGAGGACGUGAUGGUGCAGAGGCUGUGAAACGGUCUUGCCCCUUGCACCUUUAAUAAAGGGGGCACAUUUCCAGGUUCUGCCCAACCUCCUGGCCCUGGGCCCUGCGUGGGAGCACUCAGGUCUACACCUGCCCACCUGAGGACACAAGGACACAGUCAGCAUGAACUGGACAUCCCUGCAGGGCCUCCUGAGCGGGGUCAACAAGUACUCCACGGCGCUGGGCCGCAUCUGGCUGUCGGUGGUGUUCAUCUUCCGCGUGCUGGUGUACGUCGUGGCGGCCGAGGACGUGUGGGACGACGAGCAGCAGGACUUCGUCUGCAACACCAAGCAGCCGGGCUGCUCCAACGUCUGCUAUGACGAGGUCUUCCCUGUGUCCCACGUGCGCCUCUGGGCGCUGCAGCUCAUCCUGGUCACCUGCCCCUCGCUGCUGGUGGUCAUGCACGUGGCCUACCGGGAGGACCGUGAGCGCAGGCACCGCCAGAAACACGGGCCCAACGCCCCGUGCCUGUACGACAACCCCAACAAGAAGCGGGGCGGGCUCUGGUGGACGUACCUGCUGAGUCUCAUCUUCAAAGCUGCCGUGGACGCCGGCUUCCUCUACCUCUUCCACCGCAUCUAUAGGGAUUACGACAUGCCCCGGGUGGUGGCCUGCUCCCAGGCGCCCUGCCCCCACACCGUGGACUGCUUCAUCUCCCGACCCACUGAGAAGAAGGUCUUCACCUACUUCAUGGUGGCCACAUCCGUGAUCUGCAUCCUGCUCAACCUCAGCGAGAUGUUCUACCUGGUGGGCAAACGGUGCGUGGAAACCCUCAGCCCCAGGCGCCGGGAGGCCCGUCGCCGGAGUCACCUGACCGAUUCGUGCCCACCAUAUAUCCUCUCCCAGGGAGAGCUCACCCCGGAUGGGAACUCUGUCCUAAUGAAGACUGGGUCGGUCACAGUGGAUGUGAGUGGGUACCCAUAACCUGCAGGAUGACGGCCAGGACACUGCCUACUUCCCAAAGGCAGUGGCAUCUUCUCUGCAGCAGGAAAGUUGUGGGAGGCCACCCACGGGCCAGUGAUGGGGGUCAGUUUGGUCUCUGGGUCCUAAACCUCAGGGAGGGGGAGGGUUUGAUGGCUGGUGGGGAUUUUGUAUAUGGACAUAGGGUAUAUCAAAACCCUA